GGCAUCGCCUGAACCUUCCCCCCCCGCCCCCGCCGCCGUUCGAUACGCCGUUGGAGAACGAGGGCCGCGCGCAGGCACGUCCACCUGUUCCUUCCGCUUGGUCGCCUCUGCCGGCAUGGAGGAGUUGCAGAAAGAUUUAGAUGAGGUGAAAGACCUUUUAAAAAAAGCAACAAGAAAGAGACUCUAUGAUGUCCUCUUGGCAGAGAAGAAUAAGAUAGAGCGAGAAAUCAAGAACCGGCCACAACUCAAACUAAAAGCUGAGUCCUCUGAAGAAGAAAAAACAUCGCUGACAGGAUAUACAGUGAAAAUCAACAAUUAUGCUUGGGAUCAGUCAGAUAAGUUUGUGAAAAUCUACAUCACUUUAAAUGGAGUUCAGCAUCUGUCAGCUGAGAAUGUGCACGUGAGCUUCACAGACAGAUCAUUUGAUCUAUUGGUGAAGAAUUUAAAUAACAAGAAUUAUGCCAUGACAUUCAACAACCUUUUGAAACCCAUCUCCGUGGAAGGCAGCUCAUGGAAGAUCAAAACAGAUAUGGUCUUGAUAUUAUGUAAAAAGAAACAAGAGGAAAAAUGGGAGUGCCUGACACAAGUUGAAAAAGAGACUAAGGAGAAAGAAAAAGCUUCCUAUGACACAUCUGACCCUAGUGAAGGAUUAAUGAAUCUCCUGAAGAAGAUGUAUGCAGAAGGAGAUGAUGAAAUGAAGAGAUCAAUUAACAAAGCUUGGGUUGAGAGCCGAGAAAAGCAAGCUAGAGAAGAACAACCACUAGAUAUCUAAAUAAAUACAGUACUGCACACCGGGCUAGUCAUCGUAACAUGCAUUUUCUUUACAGGGUUUCAGCUGUGAUGAGUUAAGAAAAAACAUUUACAUAACUGUCUUUUGAACAAAGGCUAUACAAGUUUUACAUUUUAGUUGGGGGAUGGGGAAAUAAAAUAUGCUGUAAAGCAUGCUAUUUAAAUGUGUUGUCACCCUUCUUCCUUAAGGCUCUGAGUCUUCAUUGUUUUGUAAGACUGCCAAAAAUAAGUAAAUUGGCUUAAAUGCAUGUAUGUAUUGUCUACAAUCAAUCUACUAUCCUACCUGUAUAAGGAGGAAAGGUGGAAUACUGAUGUAAUUAAUUACUUAAUAAAUAAUUAAUAUACAAGGAGA